AUGUUACCUAUAUUUGUAUUUUUUAAUAAAGAUUCAUUUAAGGUUCGUCAUGCUGAGGACAAGGCUCCUCACGCUGCGGACAAGGUUCUUCACGCUGAGAACAAGGUUGCUCAACCUAGAACAAGGUUCCUCACGCUGAGUACAAGGUUCCUCAGGCUGAGGACAACGUUCUCCACGCUGAGGACAAGGUUCUUCACGCUGAGGACAAGGUUCUUCAAGCUGAGGACAAGGUUCCUCAUACUCAGGACAAGGUACCUCACGUUAAGGAAAAGUUCCUCAAGCUGAGAACAAGGUUCAGCAUGCAGAGAACAAGGUUCCUCACGUUGAGGACAUGGUUCGCACGCUGAAGACAAGGCUCCUCACGCUGAGGACAGUGUUCUUCACGAUGAGAACAAGGUUCUUUACGACGAGGAUAAGGUUCCUCACGCUGCGGACACGGUUCUUCACGCUGAGAACAAAGUUCCUCAACUUAGAACAAGGUUCCUCACGCUGAGGACAAUGUUCUUCACGCUGAGGACAAGGUUCUUCAUGCCGAGGACAAGGUUCCUCACGCUGAGGACAACGUUCCCACGCUGAGAACAAUGUUCUUUACGCUGAGGACAAGGUUCUUCACGCUGAGGACAAGGUUCUUCACGCUGAGGACAAGGUUCUUCACGCUGAGAACAAGGUUUUUCACCUUAGAACAAGGUUCUUCACGCUGAGGACAAGGUUCCUCACGCUGACGACAAGGUUCUUCACGCGGAGGACAAGGUUCUUCACGAUAAAGAACAAUGUUCCUCACGCUGAGGACAAGGUUCUUCACGCCGUGGACAAGGUUCUUCACGUUGAGGACAAGGUUGUUCACGCUGAGGAAAAGGUUCUUCACGCUGAAGACAAGGCUCCUCAAGCUAAGGACAGCGUUCUGCAUGCUGAAAACAAG